UAUUUCAUGUGUGAAGCUUUUCAGUUACUCUCAUUUAUUCUCCAAACAGUUUAGACAAUAGGAAAUUAAAUCAGUUUUGCUAAAGAGUUUGCACCUACUGGGACCUCUGUCAAGUUAGUCAGGAAAACGAAACUCAAGGGAAUUAGUAGACAGAAAAAAAAAAAUGGAAAGCAAGAAAGAGGUGGAAGUGGAGUUGGAGGAGAUUGCAACGGUUGAGGAGGAUAAGGAGAAAGAAAAUCAGGAGAAGGAGACAAAAGAAGAGGCCGUAGAUGAAGGGAAUGUCUACUCUACUCUCAGCAGUCCGUCUGAGCAUGAAUAUGGCGUGCCAUCUUCAAUUCGCUCUUAUACAGUAAAUAAAGAUCCAUCGCUAGAUAUUCACCGGAAACUCCGUGUUUACCGCAUCGUCUCGCUGAUUCUCUUCGUCAUCUGCGUCCUUUUGCUGAUUGUGGUCCUUGUGCUGGUUAUGAAGUUGACUGGGACGCUGCCAUGUCAGAAGGUAGAGCAGACUGAAAGGUCUCCACCGGAACAGGAAUGCAGCUUGAAGAAAUGCCCUGAGGUUUACCAACUGCCUCAGCGUCUGUGCAGGGAUUGUGGCAAGGGCUGGCUGAGGUUUGAGAAUACUUGUUACUUCCUGUCUCAAAACCGUUUCUCCUGGCAGCAGAGCAGGGAGGAGUGCCAGAGGAAGGGAGGAGAUCUUGCUGUCAUCACUAAUGAACGUGUACAGAUGUAUCUGAGUAGGAAAGGGAGUUUGCGCUACUGGAUUGGGCUAAGUCAUUUGGGGACAAAUGAAUGGACAUGGAUUAACAACACUACUUUGACAGUGAGAUAUUGGGGAAACCAAUCCUUUCCUGGAGAGUGUGCCAUCCUGGCUGGAAAUGAACCACCUGAACGGAGCUGGCACCCAUCUUCCUGCAGUUUUUACUUGCAGUACAUUUGUCAGAAGAUGUAGAUGUCCGAACAUCAUCUAAACCCACUGAAAUCACCUAUAUAUAUGGAUAUCAUAACUCAACAAAUACUCAAGAUAAUCAUCUUUUCUCUAAAGAUUCUAGUCAGAAAUAGGAACUUUUGGGCUAUCAACACUGCGUAAAGCUUUUUUUGUAGAACGUGCAUUAUGAAGCAUUAUAGAUGCAGUAUAAAACAGUUUUAGAAAUUGUCCUGUUUAUUUGCAUUACAGCUGCACUUAUUUCUAAAUGUACUGAUCAUUUACACAAAGAUUAUUUGCACUAAAUAUGUCUAAUGUUCACACGAUGUACUGAACUGCACAUACUUUCUCUUUAAAAUGUCUCUUUUGGAUUGCUUAAUUAAACAUACACCUUUAUAUUUAACAAUAUUGAUGGUGCACAGUUCAGCUUUGUCUACCCAGUACAACACAUAUAUUUGUAUAUUAAAACACACAUAAAUAACUCAGAAUAAUUUAACAGGAACCCUUUAAAUAUUAGGAAUGUCAUUUU